AAACUUUCAGAUAUUGGCUGCUUCUCUCUCUCUCUCUCUAAACUGCUUCCUCAACAUUUCCUUUCUCCGGGGGAGAUCGAUUCUCCUUGUUUUCUAUUCGCUCUAGGGUUUGAAUUCUUUGUGCUUUAAUUUCUUUAUUUUACUCUUACUCUAUAUAAAAAAUAUUAAUCACUACUCCAUUUUUAUACUCUUUUUAUUUCCAGAUCAAAAUUAUAUUUUUUUCCUGGUUUCCUGUUCUCGCCUUCCUUCUUCUACUUUGUAUGUAUGGCUGGUUUGGACUUAGGUUCUGCUUCCCACUUCGUUUCUCAGCUCCACCUUCAAAGACCCCUCGAUUCCGAUGAUGAUUCCAACCGCAACCACUUUUCCGCCGACAACAACGACCACUCUCAUCCCGGUUUGGACCUCGUCACAUCCAAUACAGCUUCCGGAGAUGUCGCGGGCCGUCGCCCCCGUGGCCGCCCUCCGGGCUCCAAGAACAAGCCUAAACCUCCGGUGAUCAUAACCCGUGAAAGCGCCAAUACCCUUCGGGCCCACAUACUCGAGGUCAGCAGCGGCUGCGACGUCUUCGAGGCGGUCGCCACCUAUGCUAGGAAGCGGCAGCGAGGGAUUUGCGUGCUCAGCGGAACCGGCACCGUCAACAACGUCAGCCUGCGGCAGCCAGCCGCGGCGGGCAGCGUGGUCACGCUUCACGGUCGGUUCGAGAUUUUAUCGUUGUCUGGGUCUUUCCUGCCUCCGCCGGCUCCGCCGGGUGCCACUAGCUUGACAAUAUACUUGGCCGGGGGGCAGGGGCAGGUGGUGGGAGGAAAUGUUGUGGGAGCGUUGAUUGCUUCCGGCCCUGUCAUCAUCAUAGCGGCGUCGUUUACUAACGUGGCGUACGAGAGGCUGCCGCUGGAUGAAGAGGAAGCGCUUCAGAUGCAGCCCCCUGUGUCGCAGCCGCCGAGGGGCGGCGGAGGUGGUGGUGGAAGUGGAGGGGUGGGAGGGCACCAGUUUCCGGAUCCAUCGCUGGGACUUCCUUUCUUCAACUUGCCACUGAACAUGCCAAAUGGUCAGCUCCCGAUGGACGGUGCAUGGACCGGAAACUCCGGCGGACGGCCGCAGUACUAGGGCUAAUAAGGUCAGAAAAUUAUCAACCGUAGAUCAUCAUCAUCAUCAUCAACAUCAACAUAAGCUUCCUCAUCUUUGUAUAUUUAGGUUUUCAUAAUUUUCUUUUGUUUUUUUUUGGUCCUUAAUUCCAUUAGCUAUUGGCUUCAAUUCCGAUCGA